AUGGUCCGAAGACGUUUUAUGUCCAGAGGAAGUGCAACAUUUGUUAAUGGAUUGAAUAAAGCUGUCUUGAAACAAUGUGCUGAGCAGCAUCUUUUAUUUCGACGUACAGCUAUAGUGGGUGGCAUACUAAAUGACCUAUUGGAUCAUGAACAUGACUCUUUACAACCUGAUUCGCGCAAAACGAAAAAAGAAGGUAGGCGACGUCGUGCUAAACCCGUUGAUCGAACGAAUAUCAGUGCAGAAGAGCUCGAAUAUCAGCGUUUACUCAAUGAAAUUAAGGAGGCUGAAGAAUAUGAACUUGUUGUUGAACGUGACAAUAGCAAGCUAUGUAAAGAUCGAUCACCUUUGAUUGUUGUUCAUUCAUCCAAGCCAACGACGUCAACUCCUGUUCAGGCUUCUGGAUCUGCGGUUCAUCAAAAUGUAUUUAAAUUUGCCGAAGGUGAACAGUUGAGUCCAAUAAUUCUUGACAGGGAAGAAGUUUUCUAUGAUACUACUGAACGGAUAGCAUCAACAAUCUGCUUACGUGUUGAUGAAAAUGAAGAAGUGGAAAGAAGAUCAGGUAUAGAAGCGAAUGAUUUCAAUUGUUCGCCUAAUGGAGCAGACCUUUUGACAACACUUCAGAAUUCAUCCCCACAGCUUACAAUUCUUAACUCACCUGUUCGCUGGGGAAUCCAAAAUGAAGAAUAUGUGCGCGACGAUGUCACGAUUUGUGCAUCCAUGCAAGGUGAUAGGAGUCUAUCGUUAUGUGAUGGUGCUGGGGAGAACAGGCCAUUCUAUUUAAAUGGCUUCCCAUGGACAGCAAAGUAUGCUAAGAAACGUAAUUACAAGCAAGAACUUUUCCACCUUUGCAUUCAGAAAAGUAUUCAGCCUUGGCAGCUGACAGUACUUGAUUUAUCGAGUCCGGUAAAGCUUGGAGAGGGAACAUUUGGCGAGGUUUUCCGAGUCAAUUACAAGGGGGAAAUCGUUGCGCUCAAGGUGAUUCCUAUUGGUGGGACGAAAAUUGUUAAUGGAGACAAGCAAAAAUCAUUUCGUGACAUUAUCGCAGAAUUGAUAGUUUCGAAGGAAUUAUCAGAUCUGAAGCACAUUGAAGAUGGCUAUUCCACGCAUGGCUUCAUUCAUUUAAGAGGAGCUAUGGUUGUUAAAGGGUCGUACCCAAAAUCUUUAAUUACCGCGUGGGAACAUUACGACAAACGUAUGAAGUCCGAAAAUGAUCACCCAUGCAUUUUUAGCUCUAGCCAGCAUUUUUUACUCUUGGCUUUUGAAGAUGGUGGAAUUGAUCUCGAAAAAUAUGUGAUCGCUAAUGUUUUGCAAGCGUACAGCAUUGUUUACCAAGUCCUAGUGGCGCUUUCUGUGGCGGAGUAUCGACUUUCAUUUGAGCAUCGUGACCUCCAUUGUGGCAAUAUUCUCAUACGAAAUGUGCAGUUCGAUACCGUUGUCGGAGCGAAUUAUAAUGGUACUGAAAUUAGUGUUCCUACGCAUGGUGUUGAGGUGAAAAUUAUCGAUUUUACCCUCUCCAGAAUGUCUAAAGGAACAUCAACGAUUUUUUUUGAUUUGGCGAAAGAUGAUGAAUUAUUCACAGGUAAAGGUUGUUUACAAUACGAGAUCUAUCGAGCAAUGCGCAUGGUGAACAAGUAA